GCAAAUGAUCUAGCAAUGUAUUUUUGAGCUACCUUUCCCUAUCCUCAUCCUCAUGUAUUCACGAAGUACACUCUUAUCAACCGCAGGCUUUGUUUGGGGCUGCCUUCUCCUGCGAAGAACAUGGAGAUUCCUCACAUUUCAUCUCAAUUUCGCGGGUGACGUUCAGCUACUGAAGUACCAGAGGCCCAGAUCGUGGGCGCUCGUUACGGGCUCAAGCGCUGGCAUCGGUCUGGGUUUUGCGAAAGAAUUGGUUCUUCGGGGCUUCAACGUCAUUUUGCUUGGUCACUUACCCGGCGAGCUUCAGUCAGCCGAAACGAUGCUGAGGCAGCUGCCCGGUGCAAAAGAGAUAUUGACUGUGACCCUGGAUGCUCGAACGUCGACACCUGCUGAGAUUGAAACUGCCCUCGAGCCAGUGACGAAACUGCCACUCACAAUCCUGAUCAACAACGUCGGUGGUAUCACGUUCAAACCCUAUUACCAGAAGCUCGAGGACCACACGGCUGGACAGAUUGACGACAUGAUCAAUCUGAACGCUCGAUUCGCGGCCCACGUCACUCGUGUUCUCGUGCCAACCUUGAAGCUUCAUGGUCCUUCAGCCAUCCUCAAUGUGAGUUCGGGAUCUUGUCGAGGCAUGCCCUGGAUGUCACUUUACAGCUCGGUCAAAGCCUUCAACGCCGCUUUCGGCCGCGCCCUGGCUCGUGAGUUUAUCGCGGAGGGAUCGAAGAUUGACAGCCUCGUAGUCUGUCCGGGCGAUGUUCAGAGCCAGGCCAACACUAGGGCGCUUGCACCCGGUUCACCAACCGCAGAGACGUUCGCGAAAGCUGUGCUAGAUCGUGUUGUUACCGCUGUCAGACAAGGCAGGGUGGAGAUAAUGCCAUAUUGGGCGCACGAUCUCCAGCUCAGUCUGUUCGAGGCGUUGCCUGAGUUCCUAGCACAGAGAUUGACUGUCACGAGCAUUUCAAGCAAAAUAGAAGCUGAGCGUGCGCAGAACAGUAAGUCGCUCUAGCCACAUCUCCGUAGAUAAAGCUCUUUUUAUAUUAUAUUACAAGCAAAUGAGUAGGAAGCAUGAGCCCACAAGAACCUUUCCACAACAAUGAUGCUACUUAGGAGACGGACAUGUAUAGAUGUGUAACAAACUAUAUGCAGCCCUCACGAACACCUUUUCCA